UUCCAAUGAGAUCAAUUCCAGAAGAGCCAAAGAAAGUUGGCACAGUACCAAUCAUUCCAGACGUGCCAGCGCCACUUCCUGUUCCUCCAGUUGGUGAAGAAGGUGCUGACGUUAACCCGAAAGCAACGCUUAGUGAAUAUCUUUAUUCCAUACUAUACAUGCCCCAUAGUAUGAGAAUGGUCUGCAUGACAAAUCUCUGUUGCUGGAUGGCACAUGUCUGCUACUCUCUGUAUUUCACCGACUUUGUUGGUGAGGCUGUCUUUGGUGGUGAUCCUAAGGCACCUGAAGGAUCGGAAGGACGAGCGUUAUAUGAAUCUGGAGUACGAUUUGGAUGCUGGGGAAUGUCUAUGUAUUCCCUCUCUUGUGCUUGUUAUUCUUUGGUUAUAGAGAAAUUGAUUGAACGAUAUAAAGCCCGUAAGGUUUACAUCUGUGGACUAUUAUUCUAUAGCUGUGGAAUGAUGCUAAUGGCUUUGACAAAACAUCGCGUUGGUGUUAUUUUAUUUUCAUGGACUGCUGGUGUCAUGUACUCCACACUUUUCACUAUGCCAUACCUACUGAUCGCACACUAUCAUGCCUCUGGAACGUUUGCAGUCACAGCUGAGGGUGAAGCAAUUCAGGAGCAAGGAGUCCGUGGUCUUGGUACUGACGUAGCGAUAGUCUCGUCAAUGGUCUUCCUAGCUCAGUUCCUGCUAUCAUGUUUCCUUGGAACUGUUGUUAGUAUAUCUGGCACAACCACGGCUGUCGUUUGCGUGGCCAGUACUUUAGCUGCUUGUGGUGCUGGUUUUGCCACGCAAAUUAUGUACCUUGAUCUGUAAGAUCGACCUGAUAACCUAAUUGAUCAAAUUUUACUCGUGUUAAUAAUAAGCUAUUACAUGACAAUGUGCGUAAAAAGUGAUAAUAAUCAACUGUUAAUGAGAUAAUAUUUACACUGACAACAGAAAUACUAAAUCUGUUAAUAUUAAAGGUUUAAAAUUUGAAUUAAGGAUAAG